ACUGUCGCACGACAGUCGUCUUUGCAGUAGUGAUCUAACAGAAUUUCGUGCCAGCGACGAUAUGAAGAUCACGUGUUUUAUUACGAUUUGCACAUAUCUAUCAUCGAUAGUAUCCACCAACGAAAUCAGACCUUUGAAUGGGAUAAUGAAAUCUAGAUUGCAUGAGGAUUUGGCAUUUAAAGAUUUCAUCGUAAAAAAGGAAAUAAAUACUAUUCCCGAAGUUUAUCCAGAUAUUAAUUUCACAUUACAAAAGCCUCAAGCAAAAGUACAGAUCGAGACUUUACAAAAGCCGAAAAAAACCCGCGAGCUCAAACUAUGGCCUGAACAGCAUCAUCACUACGACAGUGGUCACUCCAGACGUUUGCUAAAACGUUCAAAAACUCGUUCAAUUGGUGAUACAUCGUACGAACUGGGCGACAAUCAGUUAAACGAAUUAACCAAGUCUAUUCCACAAGUACACGACGAGAGCUCUAUUUACAUCGAGCCCAUACUUCGAGUCACCACGAAAAAAAAUAUCUUCGAUUCCAUCAUGGACAUCCUGCAUCAGCUGCUGAAUAUGCCAAAGAAUGAGUUAGGCUCGGUGGUGGGUCCCAUCCAGAUACCAGGAUCAAAACGUAAGAUUUAUCUCCGCUUAAUGGAAUCGGUCAAAUCAAAUCAUGUGAUGGUACGUUUCAUCACGCAAGUACCGAUUUCUAUGAUCGACGUGGAGCCUAAACAUAUUAUUCCGAUUCUACCCGUAAUCGAUCCUGUCGCCACGCUCUUGAACAACCAACACACUGUUCUGACCGAUGCGAUGUUUGCUUCCAGUCGUCAUUUACCUCGAAAUACUAACCACACUUCCGGUAAAAUUCUAAGUCCGCAAUUGAAUAAACCGUCUGUUUUGAACUUAUUGAAGCAUCCUUCAAAGGAUCUUCGAGAUACCGGUUUGAGUGAUACAGAAGUUUUCUUGCCCAGCAAAGGGGAGGAGAAUAAGACUCCACUCGUAGAGUUAAACUUAAAGAAUCACGAAAAUUCGUUCCUCAGCGAGUCAAAUUCGUAUUAUCAGGCGGGUGAGGACGCGAGAAAUCAGAUGAAGUUAUUAAAUGAUACAACAACAGCGAUCGAGAACGACGAUUCGAAGGAUACACCAGGUACUUGGUACGAAUUAAGUACACAUCGCUUGCCUCUUCGACAAAUCGCCCCACUAUAUCCUCUUACAUCCGUCGAACAUACAGAGCAUACAUCAAGCUCAUCUUCCUCCCCCUCUUAUGCGGACGCAUACAAAAUGCCGAGUGACGUUCUCACAGGUUCUAGUUUAUAUACCAGCCCGCACACUCAACUCAAUAACGUCAAUUCGGCCUCAGAGUCCUAUAUAAACUCCUACGAUCAACAUUAUGAUACUUCGAGUUCAUACUCGAUGUCUUAUAGCAAGCCAGAUGAUGUACACACUAGUUUGAAUAACUACUCGACAUAUCAAAAGCAGAAUGAAUUUAAUGGUGGUCCGAGUUCUUAUACGACUUCUUAUCAGAACCAAAACGAAUUCAAUAACGUCCCGAAUUCCUAUUUGACUUCUUAUAGAAAACAGAAUGAUCUUUACGGUGCAUUCAGCUCAUAUUUGGCUUCUUAUGAUAAACCCAACAACGUUCAACUUUCUUCGAACUCUUCUAUCUCUUUUUCUCACGAAAAGCAGAAUAGCGAUCAAAUCUCUCCGAAUUCUAACGACGCUCUUCACGUCAUAGAUCCACCUCCUUACUUUCCUGGCUAUCAGAAAUCAUUGGGGAACUACGUUAAUCAAUCAUCAACUGAACACUCUGCGAUCCAUCAACCGCGCUAUAUCUUACAAAACUUAAACGAAAAUAGUUUGAGAACGAAUCAGCGUGGUGAUCAAGGUGAGCUAAAGCGAGAUAAAAAUGAAUCGAGUUUCCAACAAAAUAGAGAUUCCUUGGAAACCAAUGAUCGCGACAGGAAGCAGCCGAUUAGAUAUAAGCGCAAAAACACAGCUUGGAACGCCAAUUUGGUAAAGAUAGCAGAUAAUCAUCAUGAAACCAAACAGCCAUUUGAGAAUGCGAGAGAAACUUCGCAUGAUAUCACGUGGAGCUCGUUUAAGGAAGGAGAUGCAGUUGAUCGUCAAGAUAUCGGUAAACGCCGUGAUAUACUAAUCCCCAUUACUAAAGCUUCGAAAUGUCUCGUUUUCAAUAAGAAGAACGAAUGUGAGCAAGUGAAACCCACACUAACAAUUCAUUGGAAAACACUGAUAAAGACUAUUAAGAAAUAAGUACAAUUUUGCGUGGAGACCGAGUCGAUUGUUAUAAUCGUUCCGAAAGUGGAGACAUGCGAUAUAGAAUCAAAAUAUGAGAUUAUUAAACGUCACUACGGAAAUCUGACUACGCAUUGAACGACAGGUAGUUUGACGAUGAGAUCAUUGUUAUUGCUAUGGUCAUAAUGACUAGUACUCCUACAGUGAAUAGCACGACGAAAAUAGUAUAACCAUGGAUAAGGACAACCAAUAGUCGUCCCACGGUGAAUAGCACGCAGAAAUUCGUCGUGGACGCAAAAAUAGACUAUAUGGCGAACAACAUGUUUACAAAACUGACAAUGAAACUGACGAUGAAAUCAAUAAGCACCACAAUAGAAACAUCGUUUGCGGUUGAAAGUACCAUGACAAACGAUGCACUUGCAUUAAGAAAUCUUAAGCCAAAAUUUUAACCCUACAUUUGAUUUGUAAAUUCCUAUAGAAUUCAAAGAGAUUCUCUCUCUCUCUCUCUCCCUCUCUCUCUCUCUCUCUCUCUCUCUCUCU